AAUUGGGGCGCGGUUUUGGAAAUUAGGUAUUAAGGUUGAGUGAGGUUGAGUCGUACCACAGUGGUUUCCGGAUCUCUGUCGAGUUCACGAAGAAUUUGCUCGUCUCCCCUUUUCGCUGUUCUUCUCUGUAACGGGAGCAGCAUUGCCUCGCAGUGACUUCCGUGAGCGUCCCGACACGAGGAACGAGGAAGGGUGUGGUGGAGGCGAGGAAGCCGCUCUCUACCGGCUGCACCCGGGAGAGCGGGGAUGCCCCUCCGCGUCUCUGGAUUCAGCUCGGCGUGAGCGGCGCUAUUUUCCUGGGCAUCUAUCUCAUGGUCCCGGCACGUUGGGUGGUUUUCGUGGUCAAGACGCUGCUCACUGUCAUUCGGAAAGAGGGAAAACACCGUGUUCCGUCAUUUCUCUUGGAGAACUAAGCAAUAAGAAAAAUGCCUGUUUUCCCUAAAAUAUCUUUGAGACCUGAGGUUGCAAACUACCUUAAAGAGGGCUUUAUGAAUAAGGAGAUUGUAUCAACUUUAGGUAAACAAGAAGCAGAAAGGAAGUUUGAAACUCUUUUAAAUCACUUGUCACAUCCUCCAUCAUUCACAACUGUCAGAGUAAAUACACAUCUAGGCUCAGUACAACAUGUGAAAAAUAUGUUAUCUGACGAACUUCAGAAGCAGUUUAAUGGAUUAAGUGUUCCUAUCCUUCAACAUCCAGACCUUCAGGAUGUCUUACUUAUUCCUGUUGUUGGACCUAGGAAGAAUAUAAAAAAGCAACAGUGUGAAGCCAUUGUGGGAGCCCAGUGUGGCAAUGCAGUGUUAAGAGGAGCCCAUGUCUAUGUUCCAGGAAUUGUGUCAGCUUCAAAAUUUAUGAAAGCUGGAGAUGUGGUUUCUGUAUAUUCUGAUAUUAAAGGCAAAUGCAAGAAAGGAGCCAAAGAAUUUGAUGGAACAAAAGUAUUUCUUGGAAAUGGGAUUUCUGAAUCAAGCCGCAAAGAAAUCUUCAGCGGACUACCUGACCUGAAAGGUGUAGGCAUAAGAAUGACAGAGCCAGUAUACCUCAGCCCUUCGUUUGACAAUGUACUGCCCAACUACUUAUUUUUACAGAAUUUGCCAUCUUCUGUAGUAGCUCAUGUUCUGGAUCCUCAACCUGGAGAGAGGAUUUUAGAUAUGUGUGCAGCACCUGGAGGCAAAACAACACACAUUGCAGCACUGAUGCGUGACCAGGGAGAAGUAAUAGCACUGGAUAAAGUAGCCAACAAAGUAAAAAAGAUAAAGCAGAACGCUUUACUGUUGGGAUUGAAUUCCAUCAGGGCUUUUUGCUUUGAUGGAACAAAGGCUCUUAAACUUGAUACGGUUAAGGGCAUAGAAGGAGAGCCUCCAUUCUUACCAGAAUCUUUUGACCGAAUUCUUCUUGAUGCACCCUGCAGUGGAAUGGGACAGAGACCAAACAUGGCUUGUGCUUGGACUUUGAAGGAAGUGACAUCGUAUCAACCAUUACAGAGGAAACUCUUUACUGUGGCAGUGAAGCUGCUGAAGCCGGGGGGUGUGCUGGUUUAUAGCACGUGCACCAUCACACUGGCAGAAAAUGAAGAGCAGGUGGCCUGGGCCCUCACAGCGUUCCCUUGCCUUCAGCUUCAGCCCCAGGAACCACAGAUUGGAGGAGAAGGAAUGAUGGGAGCUAGCCUGUCAUUUGAACAGUUGAAACUGCUGCAGCGAUUUGAUCCAUCUGUUGUGGCAUUGCCGGACACGGACUUUGAUUCUCUUAGAGAUGCCAGAGUGGAAGACAUGAUUAGGCUGGCAAAUCAGGAUUGUAUAGGUUUUUUUAUCGCAAAAUUCUUAAAAUGCAAAAGCACACAGGAGACGGAUCCUUAGAAAUGAAAAUUCCAAACAUUUUGUGUGUGUGUGCAUGCACCCUUUAAUUUAAAAACCAAACUGCUGUCAGGCCAAGUGAUUGAUGGCGUGGUUGCUAAGGAAACAGAAAAGGUUGCCAGUGGUUUAACCAGGGGUCAAGAGUCACAGAGGAAGUAAUCGGGGUGGUAUGAGAUUAUAAAUUUAAAAUAAUUUUUUCUUUAUGGAUUUAGCAGAAUAUAAAGAAAAGUAGAUUUCUAUAGAUAUCUGGAACAUAUUUUCAUUUGGGGUCUUGUGUUUUAAUUUGUAAAGAAUGCAAGUCACUUUUAAUGUUAAUUGGUGAAUCUAACGAAAGGAAUAAAAUUAACAAUAUUUAAUUUGGUUAUAAAAAUUACUUGUUUUCCAUUUCUGAGUGCCUAAGGAGUAGUUCCUUAAGAACUCUGGCCAUGGGAAGUAUGACAUUUACCAUGUGCCAGUCACCAAGCUGAGUAUUUUACCUCUUUUUCUGCUUACUAUUUGGUAAGUAAACGCUCUUUCAAAUGAAGUCUGCACCUCUGCCUUUACUGUUUUCUUCAUGGUUUUGAACUAAAAAGUAAAAUGAAUAUUUUCUUCACUUGGUACAUUAAAAAAAUGAGAAUAUUCCACAAUUUGGAUACCUUUUAUCAUCUAUUGGAACACAUACCAUACAAGUGGUUAGAGACGUGAUUGGUGAGACAGAGGUAAACAGCUUCUAACUGGGAACUGUUCCAUACUUACAGGUAUGCCUUGCUCUCCUGCUGAACAGAAUGGCCCAGAAUACCAACAUUGGACAAGGCUACUGUGACUAUGAUAGAUCAAGACACAAAAAGACCACCUCAUAAUCCAAUCUGAAUUUAGAUGAAAACAAGAACAUCAUCCAAAUCACAAAAGUGACCAAACAUCCCCCUGUAGUGGCCAAUGUUUUCAUUAGGAAUGUCUUGUAACUAUUUAUUGUCUCUAUCAAGAUUGCAAGGCCUUCUGGAUCAGUGUGACUCCUGAAAAGUGUCCAAGACUAGCAGCAUUACAUCACUGAGCAAAGGGACAAGGGUGAAGAAUUAAAUUGGGCAUCAAGAUGGAUCUUCAUUUCUAAAAAUGAAAGAAGAAUAAAAUUCAUAAUCUGGAUCAGUUGCUGCACAUGUAGAAUUCAGGUGGAAAAAAAUUAUUCUGUGCUAAUAUCUUAAAAGAUCCUUUACCUACUGUAAGCUACUAUUUUAUCAGACAUAAUGGGACAAUCACUAAAGUAACAUCAGUGAUUGGCAUUGUCCCCGAGAAAGAUGCUCCACAAAUGAGAAGUGUUGUUGAAUAUUUAACAUAUUCUUAACUAUCAGAAUUAUUCCUAAGAUUGCAAUUGAUACUACUAGUAAUAAACAGUGCAGAAGCCAGCUCUUUGUUUUAUAUGAAUGACUUGAAACCAGGCUUGUUGAACAGUUCCGUGUAGCUGACAGCAAAUAUUUAACAGGAAUGCAUAGCAGACCAUGUUAAAAUGUGGCAUUGUCCCCAAAUACAAUAUGACUAAGACACCCUACAUUUAGCAGCACCUUUUUGUAACAGUAACUUAAAUGAGCAGUGGAGAAAAAGCAUAGGAAAAACUGAAAUGGUUUUGACAAAAAAACAGUAGAGCUAUUAAGAACAUUUCCAGCACUUUCUAGGUUAACUACAAAAAUCAUGAUUCUGCAACUGAGUCAGUUAAGAUCAAGCCUUCACUGUAUGAAAAGACUAAUUUUACAUUCCACAAGUCAGUACAUACCCCAUUGUCCCUGGGAUUAUUUCUCAUUGACAGAUUUAGUACACACCGUUUAUAGAUAUGCCCGCUGUACAGUUUUCAUGUAUAGGUGGUCUUAUGUCAAAUCCUGCAAUACAGUUUUUUGAGGAAUACUAUACUCUGAUUUGGACUGAUAUGUUUCACAGCAAAGUGAAACACGAAGAAUCCAGGUACAGAAUUUAAAAAAUGGAAUCCAUUAGCACAACUUUUUGAAGGGGAUUAAUGGUAGCAGCAGGUGAGAUAAAUACCAGUUAUGCUUCAAGAAUUUAAGUAUUCUGAAGUCGCUAUUGGGAUGAAAUUAGAUAUAGUAAAGGAUGAGGCUGGUUGUCAGCGACAUCUUACUGUGAUGGAACGUUUAUCAGAAAUAUUUUAUAAAAGCAGCCUUAACUGGAAUAUGGAUUUCCAAUGAUGUGACUGUUUUGCAUCAAUUUAUAUAUUAUGACUAUAGUUUUUAUAUUCAAUAACUAAACUCAUGUCAAUAUUAUGGAGCUGAUUAACAAAUGCAUUGAUUCUGAGGGAAACAUUUCAUAUUAGCUGAUAACAACACUCUACACGUAACUAAUUUUUAAAACUCUGAGCUGAGCUUUCUUGGGAGUAGGGAAAUAAGGAGUUAAAAGUGAAACAGUUUUACUUAUAAAGGUCCAAGGACAUUUGGCAAGAACCUGGAAUAAUCAAAGGAGCUAAACAAAAGGUAGAUUAACGUAUUUAACAAAAUAACAGUAAUUACAUAAUGUACAAAUCUGAAAUCAGGCAAUUAUAGAUAGGCAUUUUCCAGGGACAAACUUCAAAUGCUAGGUAAUUGCACACCUAAUACUGUCUUACCUGCCCAGCCGUAAUUGGACCAAGUGGACACUUGAGAGACACGGAAAGGUUUUAGCCUUAGUGUGACAACCACAUUGUGAGCUGCUUACAGCAAUGGGGACAUGUGUCUUCAGGCCUCCCCUUCAGAGUAGAUGUCAGAUGUAGGAAAAUAUUCUUAACGUUCUGUUCACUGCAGGUCACCCCAUUUGCCCUGAUUACUUCUGAAGAACAGAAACUUUGGUUAUAAGAAGCACUUCUAGGUUUUGACAGACAGGGAAACUGUUCAAGUUGGGGGUGGGGUGGGGAGGGGAUGGAAUGAUAGGUAAAACUGGGAGAUCACUGGGACAAUAGGCAGGGUAAGAAAAGGAAGUGGGAGAAGUUAGAAAAAUUUAUUUUCCCACGAAAUAAUUCUACAAGCUGUGUAAACGUUUCUUACUAGAACAAAUACUCGAACACACGGAGAUUGUACAUUUCCAGUGAAACACUCACAGUUAAAAGUUGCCUGUAUUUUUUUUUACUCUCUAGGAGCAAAAACAAGGAGCCAGCAGAUGAACGUUUUCCCAGUCACCUUUGGCAGCACGCUCCCUGACUGCUCAACGGAUCAUUAAAGCAACACGCAGCACAAUUCAGUACAAAGCCAGGUGGGUCGAAUUCCGGAUAUCAGUCUCUAGUUUCUUCGUUCGUCGUCAGCAUUCAGAUGCAUCUCAGACAGUCACUCACACACAGACGCACACGUGCAUAUAGAGCUCCGGCCCCUGGGCUCCAGUGCAGUGACAGACACUAGCUACUAAGAAAGUGUUUGUCACAAUCAAUGUGAACUGCAUGGAUUAGAACAACCUUUGGAGUUUGCUUAUAUUUACCAUAAUUUAUGGUCAAAAUUAUAAACUUACAAGGAUGGUAAAACAUUCGGAAAUCAAACCUUUUCAAGUCAAGCAAUCACAUGUAUUUACAGUAUAUACAGACUUUCUACUAGAACGGGAUGGGUGCCUAGAUGAUGUUUUUACAAAUUUCCUGAAUGUGGGCGUUUCUAGUCCCUGUAAUUCAUAAAGCAAAUUUGCUGAAUUGGCAUUAAGACUCUAAAAUAGUGUGAUCAAACUCAUAUAUAUAUAUAUAUAUAUAUAUAUAUAUAUUAUAUAUAAUUAUCAUAAGAAGGUGUUUGCAGAAAUAACAUUUACAAACUGUCUAUACAGUACACAGUACUAGUACAUAUAAAAUAGAUUCUAACUUUAUGAUCCCCUUUGUGUAAGGCAAGACUGAAUCUGUCCCCAAAUUUAGUCAGCCAGAGGUACAAGCAAGAAACAGUGGUCCAUGGAUGAAUGGAUAUGCAAAUCAGGUGCCUACAUAUCAAAACUCGGGAGAAUCAAGUCAAGAACUUCCACUUUUUACCUGGGCCAGUUCUGGCUUACUGGAUACAUCAACUACAUUUCAUUUCUUAAAAUACUAAUGGCAGCAGAUUUUGUUCAGAGUGGCAGCUACCCCAAACAGGUUUUGAAAAGUCCAGUACACAACCGGAGGACUGCAGCCGUACCAGGCGAAUUUAUAUAGCACUUACAAAAGAAAAAAAAAAAGUAUAUUAAUACUCUAUUUCAUGCUAUUGCUAGGGAAGCAACAGCAAUACAAAAUAUACAAGACAGAUCACAUAUGAUUGCAAUGUAGACCCCAAAGAUUUAGUUUGAGGGUGCUGUUAUACAAGACUU